AUGGCCAAGAUCCUCAACAAGGACCCCGUCACCUACGAGAGGGAGAGGGAAAACUUCAUGAAGGACCUCCGUCACUUCCAUGAGACCAGAGGGACUUCGUUUAAGAAAAAUCCGAAAAUCAAUGGAAAAGAUAUAGAUCUGUACUUGCUGUACGUUGUCGUUACUGCCCAUGGAGGAUGGAUAAAGGUGAAUACCAGAAACGAGUGGGCAUCGCUAUGCGAACAAUUCCAUCUACCCAACGGCUGCGUGAACAGCGGGGUUGGCCUUAAACAAAUUUACCUUAGGUAUCUGGACAGGUACGAAAAGGUACACUUCCUGGGAGAGGAUGGCCAACAAGCCGACGACGAUGACGAGGAUUCUAGACACAGAAAGUGGUCUGCUAGGGCAUUACACUCUGUUCCUCUUACUUAUAAUCAUCAUCAGCACAAUGUCGCAGAAUCUCUUCGUGAUUACAAUGGCCUUUCGUCGGACCUCUACAAGCCAUCCAACUACGAUAAGCUUGCACUGUCGCUCCUCUCGCCCCUUCCUAACGAGCAGGACUUCGCCAUCAAUGUGUGCACGUUGUUGUCGAACGAGGGCAAGCACAUCUUACGUCUCGAUAAGUAUCCCCGUCUCGUGAACAUUCUCCUGGCGCACGCGGGUGUCUUCGACUCGCCUGGCACGCGGCAGCUCUUCAUCGAGAUCUAUUCCCGCGUGAGGAAUUAUUCGAUCAACUCUUUCUGGUCGGAUGUCCUUGACUCCCAGGACGUGAUAGAUCUAACAAAUGAGAGGACGUUCAUGAAGAAGCCAACAACCAGCCCGCAGACCUUCUCUAGGCGGAAAAUCUUGGAGAAGGAGAAGCAGAACAAAAGCGCCACACCAACGGAGAAUGAUGAAGCUUCUACGUCGAUGGAAGUCGAUGGGGUACUUCCAGAUUAUUCAAGAUUGGAUCCGAUGGGAUCCUAUCAGGAUGAAAAUCUGAAAGAUCAAAACCAAAACUCCAUAAAGUUCGAAGAAGAGGACAAAGACUUGUUUUGUGUUGGACGAACGUUAGGAACACAGGAUCCUUACGGCCAGCGUGUGCUACAAAUAGCAUCUAUCCUACGGAAUCUAAGUUUUACACCGGAGAACGCCGCUAUACUGGGAAGGAAUCGGUGUUUUCUAAGAUUCGUACUACUAUGUGUGAGGGCAAGGUGGAGCAAUUUGCAUCAGCUUGGCUUCGACACAUUAGGGAACAUAGCGAAUGAAAUAAUCUUAAAAGAGGCUGGUGAGAGGAUAACGGAUGUUGUGUUGUCAUGUGUGGCGAAGGGAAUUGAAUCCCAAGACAGGUUUAUCGUUAUAUCCUGCUUGGAGGUGCUUAAUAAAAUUAGCCAACAAGACAGCAAUGAAGAAAUUGUUACGUUUGGAUUAGAAGACAAUGUAUAUGAACUUAUAUGCAGGUUUUUAGCUCUGAACGACAUAGCCCUUUUAGUAUAUACCUUGGAAUGUUUGUACGCGUUAACUUCGUUGGGUGAGAGGCCAUGUACUAGCGUCGCGCGGGUACGCGGAGCUAUCGACACGUUAGUCGCCCUUGUUACUGUAGAAGCGCAGAGUUACGGACCGAAAGCUUGUAUUCUGAUGAGAGUGAUCGAGACAGUGUCCACGGUAGCGAUACCACCAAACACUACUCAGAACACGCCGGUUACCGCUACCGCUCCAGUUGCGACGGUAUCCCCGUCCGUACCGGUUACUCCAGCUACAGUUACAGCAACACCAGCUCCCGUUAGCCCAGCACCCUCGCGACCAACCACUCCAGCUGCGACUGUAACAAAAUCUACAACGCACAAAGCAGUGGAAACUAACAACUCGAUUCAGCAACAACAUGCGCACCAACAAAUUAUACAGGAGAACGAACAGUUUGCUCUGAGUUGGUUGAGAGCUACUUUCGAACCUGCUCCAGGUGUGCGCAUAGAGCAGGAGGAAUUGUACAAAAAAUACCUUGGUUGCUGCACAAAGAUUGGUAGAAGAGGCGUGAUUGCUCCACUUCACUUUCCAAGAUGUGUUAGAUCUGUAUUUGGUGGAAGCGUUGGACCAAAUCCGUUGAAAGGUGAAACAACUGGUACUCAGUAUUAUGAAGGAAUUCGAGUACGGGCUACACCUCCCCAAGUAACUUAUCCGAGCCAAACUGCGGUUGGGACUAACACAGCUCCAAUUCCAGCAGUCAACACAACGCCAGUAAAGGUGCUUCCCGUACAACAGCGUACAAUCAAGAGUAUAAGUCCUGCUCCUGAUAGCACGGCCCUAGACAAUCCUGCAUCUGGGCCACUAAGAAUUCCCGCCCCUGCCUCACCUAUCCUGAAAGCCCAACUGUCUGCCCCGCCAAAACCACCAUCCAAUACCACCUCGAACACUGCAACUCAAUCCCAAAAUCCAGUCACCAAGGUUGAUUCUAAAAGUCAGGUGUCAGUAUCACAUCCUCAUCUGAGUCAAGCAUUGCUGUCUAGUGGUUCACAAACACAGUCACAACAACAGCCACAGCAAAUACAGCAACAGUGUCAAACUAUCCAGGUAGUUGCAAAAGAAGAUAAUCGAAGUGGUACUACAUCCAGUUCCAUAAUAAAAAGCCUUCUGGCUACUAAGGUAACGGUCAGCAGCGACUGCAUGCCCAGUACUGCUGCGACUUGUGUGUCUACCCCUACUGCCUGUGUAACAAACACUACUGCUAGCAUCGCAUCCAGCAUCAGUGCCAACCAGCUAAUAACCAGCAACCAGGUUGCGCAACGUCAACAGCAACAGAGGCUACUACAGCAACAGUUGAUCAACGUAUCGCAAUCACCUGCAACCACAACUAGUUCAACAACAAUACUCCCAAAGACUCCUGUCAACUCGAAGCAAAAGCCAGCUAUUACACCCAUUCCUGCCAAAAAGAUACAGAGGCUCAAUGGAGCCAAAUUUAUUAUGACUAAUAAUUGUGACAAGACUGAAGUAAGUGAUAAUGAAAACGUCAACCAAAUCGCAACAUCGACAACUUCUUCCACCGUGAUUUUGAAUUCGACCGAAAAUCACAUAUCGUCAACCAUCAAACUAUGCCGGCCUCCAACUACAACCGUGACUACAGCGAACAAAGCGAGUCAACGUUCUACUUGCACUUCGAUCGCUGAAGAUUCAGAUUCGACCAACAAUUCUCUAGCAUCUAGUAGUGGAAUUGGUGGUAGUAGGGAUUGUUCAGGCGUUGGUGUAGAGGAAGACAAUUCCUUGACGAGUUUCGAGGGGAUUCUGUUGAACGGUGCACCUAGUAACAUGGACAUUGAUACACAGGAGGAUGGCUCCUCGAAAGAUUCGUCCAGCGUGACGUCUAAAGAGAAACCUUUGCAAAGCAUGAUGCUCGCGGAUCUGUUAGAAAGGAAAGUUGACAAAGAGCCCAUCUUGAACGGUGUUUUAGGCAAAAAUUCGAUUAAUGAGAAGGGAAUGGAUCUAGUAGAGAAUCACAUUAAGAAAGUCUUAAAAGAAUCUCCUACCGACAUUAAGGUGAAGAUAGAAAUGGAAGAAGGUAACGUUAUACAGACAGAAGUAUCUGAGGAUACUUUAAUAGAAGCGCCAAGAGGGAUUAAACGCGAAGCUAGCGAAUCUGACGAGGUGGAUGUAAAAAAAGUAAAGUAUUCCAACGGUACAAUGUCUCCAGAUCCAGCAGUCGACUCGACGACCGCUGAAUCCACUGUCUCGAGUAUAAAGUCUGAGGAACAGGAUGAUGACAAGGAUAGUGAGAAAGCUACCGUGUCCUCUACUGCUGCCAAUCUUUAUGCUGCUCUAGCUGCAGACUGUAUGGAAGAUGAAACUGAUUUGGACGAGAAUGUGAACGUAAAUGUUAAAGAAGAAUCUCCUCCCGCGAUAAAAGAGGAACCACCUCACAUAUUCGUUAAUCAGAUCAAUCAACAACCCCCUCAGCUGCAACCACAACAGCAGCAACCACCGCAACUACAACCUCAGCCUCAACCACAGCCACAACCGCAACCGCCGCUGCAGCUACAGCUUCAGCAACAGUCACAGCCUCAGCAUCAGCCUCAACUUCAACCUCAGCAUCAGUCUCAACCUCAGCAUCAACCUCAACCUCAACAGCAGCUCAUUGUUACGGCUCCCAGGCAGAUAGUAGUGCAACAAACAAUUCAACCGAAUAAUCAGGUUAUUAUACCUACUGGUGCAGUGAAAGGAAGACAGGCACAGCCUCAGCCGCAGGUUCUGCUGCAACAGGGAGCAGGAGGUCAAUUACAGUACGUCGUAUCUGGCGGUGUCCCUGGUCAGAAUUACGUUCUGGCUCAACCACAAACGACGUUAGUCCAAGGCCAAGCGCAGACUGUAUUGGUGGCUCAGACGACCCAGCAACAGGGCACUGGUGCAAAGACGAUAAUCAUUUUGCAACCUCAAGCGGCUACUCAGCCCACUCAGCAAAAAAUGGUAGCGGUCACGCCCCAGGGACAGCAGGUUGUUGUUACACAGGUCUCGCGUCCAAUCCUACAGAGCCCAGCGCUUGGCAACAUACCACCGCCGCUCGUUCCAACCUCAGGCACAAUUCCACAGACUUCCAUAAUAGUGAACAGUUCCGUAGCACAAACGAACCCGAACACGGUCACCGUCACGAUACCAGCGAUGGCCCAGCAGACACCUGUGUCGGCCAGCGUGCCAUCCAGGGUGGUUACGCCCACUCCAGCGUCAACGCCCCCUCCCACCAGACCCACCACGCCCCAUCAGGCGGCUGCGACUCAUGGCUUAUCCGCAAAACAACCCGCUAAAAUUAUGAAGACUGUCAGUUCCUCGACCUCCACUGAACCGGAAUCCAAACCGUCUACAAGUCAAAAUCAACCAGAAAAAACCAUCACGAUAAAGAUUGAUCCUAAUGCCUAUUUAUGUGAAUGGCGGGGUUGUUUGAGGCAAUUUAAAACACCACAUGAGGUCUACCUUCACGUGUGUGAGGCACAUUGUCCAACUGGUGGGGAGGAGAUACUGUGCCUAUGGGCGAGUUGUGACGCCUUGAAGAGGCGUAGAUUUUCCUUAAUGACACAUUUGUACGAUAGGCAUUGUAAUGCGGAAACAAUGUCGAUGAGGAGGAAACAAUUAACGGUGACAGGCAAAACCGAAGUCUCCACAUCGACACCGCCGACUCCUCAUCACCCUGGAUAUGCACCAAAUGCAGCAUUCCAUGCUAUUAAGCGGCACGCUUUGGAAUUCGUAAAUCCCAAGGAGUUAAUGCAGCAAAGGCCGACCAAGCCCGCUGCAGCCACCUCAAGCUCUUCUUCCCCCAGACCUGGGCAAAAUCCUCCACCAGAACAGGAUGACAACGAAGGUCCAGUGACCAAAAGUAUUCGCUUGACAGCAGCUCUUAUUCUCAGAAACCUAGUCAUAUAUUCAACACAUGGCAGAAGGCAUCUUAGAGCGUAUGAACCACAUUUGGCAGGUGUGGCAUUAAGUAAUGUCGAAUCAUCGAGAACAAUCGCACAAGUUCUGUACGAUAUGAACGAUCAAAGCAGCAGUAACCAUAGGUGACCUCUUGAAC